CCAUAAAUUUUCGACGCAGUGUUCCUGAUAAUUUUGGAAUUUCGGGUUUCUAACCGAAAUUAUUUAAAACAUUCGUGAUUUAUUAAGUUUUUAGUUUUGUAACUUUUUACAAUAAUCAAAUCAAUUACAUAAUUUAGGGAUUAGAAAGUAGUGAUUGAUUUGACUGUUGUAGUGAAACAAAUUUCAAACGUUCCAGUCUGAAGUGUGUAGCUAGCACGGCAUAACUGUCAAUCUGGGUGUAGAAAUUUAUUUUGUAAUUUUCACCGGUUCAUAUGUGUAAUUUCCGAAUGUGUUAGACAAAUAUUGAAUAAACGUUCAUUGCGAAAUAAUGUUCUAUAGUGUAUGUGGUGCAUAAAUCAGUGCGAAAAUGGAUGACGGUAGCGUGAAGAUCCAGUCUGGAAUUAACAUCAACAUAAAACGAACAGAUGGCCGGAUCCACUCGGCGAUCGUAUCCGGGGUCAACCUGGAGACGCGCUCGGUCACCGUGGAGUGGUACGAGCGCGGCGAGACGAAAGGCAAGGAGGUGGAGAUCGACGCCAUCUUGGCGCUCAAUCCCGAGCUGGCCGGCACCCGCCACCACACGCCGCACCUCCAGCCCAUGCCCAACAAACUCGCGAGGGACAUGACGCGACAAUCCAUCCCUGUGGCGACUAAAGCGCCAUCUCGAGUCACCCGCAACAACCAGAUGCGGUUGUCGAACGCAGGCGGCGCAUACACCAACGGCCACGGGGGCGACACGACGGGGCGGCGCGGCGCCGAGAACGUGCCGCCGCCGCAGCCGCAGCCGCAGCAGCCGCCGCCCAACUCUAGGGUCACGCAGCAGUUCACAGCACCAAGCACGGGCGUACCAGGUGCGCGGGCAGCCGGUGUAUCAAGCACAGUAUCGGUACCCCAUGCGGUGGCGUCGGGCGCGGUGCGGCGCUCCAACGUCGUGAAAGAAGUGGAGCGGCUCAAAGAGAACCGGGAGAAGCGCCGCCAGAGGCAGGCCGAGCUCAAGGAGGAGAAGGAUGAACGCCAGGAAGAGCUCAAGGAGGAGAAAGUACGUCUUGUCAUUCUAGAAACUUUUACCCCUUAG